GUCAGUCUGGCGGUGAGUGCGCGCGCAGCAACACGUUUCCCCCGGGCGCGUGAGUUCUCCUGAGCAGUUCGUGUUCCGGAUGAGUUGAGAGACGGAGGAGAAGAAUGAGGCUCAGAGCUUAAAUACAGCUUCACUCUCUGCACACACUCUCCGAAGAGACGUUUGAGCUCGAGUUUAGGCGCCUUGACCCGGGACAAUGGAGACUAGUGGGAGCUGGGCUGCCUUCCUCACACUGCUGCUGUCCUCCUGCCUGGUCUCAGUGUCUGCUCAGUACCAAGGAGAUCAUGGGAUAGCCGUGCCCGAUCACGGAUUCUGUCAACCGAUCACUAUCCCGCUUUGCACAGACAUCGCCUACAACCAAACCAUCAUGCCAAACUUGGUCGGACACUACAACCAAGACGACGCUGGCUUAGAGGUCCACCAGUUUUAUCCGCUUGUCAAGGUACAGUGUUCUCCAGAGCUCAAGUUUUUCCUCUGUUCCAUGUACGCGCCUGUGUGCACCGUUUUGGAAAAAGCCAUUCCUCCUUGUCGGUCUAUUUGCGAAAGAGCUAAGCACGGCUGCGAGGCGCUCAUGAACAAGUUCGGGUUUCAAUGGCCAGAGCGCCUCAGGUGUGAGAACUUCCCCGUGUUGGGAGGCGGUCAAAUAUGUGUUGGGCAGAACGAAUCGGCGGCCACCGUGGCACCCGCACACGUCCCUGCCGCAGCAGGCACCCCUGGAGUCCAUUUAUAUUCCACGCCAGAUAGGCCAUUCCGCUGCCCACCGACCCUCAAGGUCCCAUCCUACCUUAACUACAAGUUCCUCGGGGAGGUCGACUGUGGUGCUCCGUGCGAGUCAUCCCGGACUCACGGAGCCUACAUGUUCUUUACCGACCAGGAGAUUGAAUUUGCUCGUGUUUGGAUUCUCGUCUGGUCAUGCCUGUGCUGUGCUUCCACGCUGUUUACUGUGACGACAUAUCUGGUGGACAUGCAGCGUUUUAAGUAUCCCGAGCGACCCAUUAUUUUCCUGUCGGGCUGCUACACCAUGGUGUCCAUCGCGUACAUUACUGGCUAUUUCCUGGGAGACAAAGUGGCAUGCAAUGGAAGCUUUGAAGGCAGCUAUAAAACAAUAGUCCAAGGCACAAAAAGAGAGGGCUGCACCAUCCUCUUCAUGAUGUUGUAUUUCUUCAGCAUGGCAUCCUCGAUAUGGUGGGUUGUCCUGUCUUUGACCUGGUUCCUUGCUGCAGGGAUGAAAUGGGGACACGAGGCCAUUGAGGCUAACUCACAGUACUUCCACUUGGCGGCUUGGGCCGUGCCAGCGGUGAAGACCAUCAGCAUCCUGGCCAUGGGGCAGAUCGAUGGCGACGUUCUGAGUGGCGUUUGCUUCGUAGGCCUGAGCAACGUCGACCCUCUACGUGGCUUCGUCUUGGCACCAUUAUUCGUCUACCUCUUCAUCGGUACGUCCUUCCUGCUGGCGGGUUUCGUCUCUCUGUUCCGUAUCCGUACCAUCAUGAAGCACGACGGAACCAAGACGGAAAAGCUGGAGCGUCUUAUGGUGCGCAUCGGCGUCUUCUCCGUGCUCUACACGGUGCCGGCUACCAUCGUCAUCGCUUGCUUCUUCUACGAGCAGGCCUUCCGUGAGCACUGGGAACGCAGCUGGAUCAGCACACACUGCAAGACCCUGGCUAUCCCGUGUCCCAUGCAGCCCGCGCCACGCAUGAGCCCCGACUUCACCGUCUACAUGAUCAAAUACCUCAUGACCCUCAUUGUCGGCAUCACCUCCGGAUUCUGGAUCUGGUCCGGGAAAACGCUGCACUCGUGGAGGAAGUUCUACACGCGCCUGACCACCGGACAACACGGCGAGACCACGGUGUAGAGACAAGGACCCCGGGUCCUUCCACAUACACACACAUACAGCAAGGAAGUGGUACUUUUUUGGAUUUUCAAGAUAUUAAUGACUGAAUGUGUCUUUUUUUUUUUUAAUCACAGACUGUGGAACUCUUAUGUCUGUGUUAUCAGUAUUGGUCAUUAUUGACAUUUGCUGUUGAAUAUCAUGUCAUUUGUAAGACAUUUGGGGAAUGAGAAGAUUAGAAGUGUUUAUUAUUAUUAUUAUUAUUAUUAUUAUUAUUGCUGUUUUGUUUUGUUAUUUCUUCGUGCCUGCAAAUGAACAAGCUAAAAUGAGAACUUUCCAAAGGAUUUUCCAAAAGGAAAAAAAAAAACAAACGUGGCCAUUUCCAUGCCACGUGCCGAGACACUCCUUCAUUCGUCCUGCCGCUUUUUACACUCCUUGCUCUUCCUCCUCAACCCCGAGACCAAGAGCAAGAUGCCAGCUGGGAAUCCAACGAAGGGAGGUGAUCCAUGGGGAAGGAGGAGGAGAAGGAGGAUGAGGACGCCUUUUGGACGUGGAAUUCUUUCUCGCAGCAAACUGUGUUUAAGAUGUGCCUUAAAGUGCUGUAAAUAAUAUUUGUACAAAAAAUAUAUAUAUAUGAAUAUAAUUAUAUAUUUGUAUUUAAA